AUGUGGUCAAUAUGUUUCGCCUCAAUACCAGAGGAUCUUCAGACCACGGUUUCUUUGGUGAAAAGCACUCUUCUUACUUCCAAAGCGGAUGGUACUGUUCGUUCCUACCUUGGAGGUAUUAAGAAAUGGAAGCGUUGGGCUUCCUCCAAUCACGUCUGCCAUUUUCCAUCUAAUCCGUUCCAGGUCGCAGUCUUCUUGCAGUAUCUGCUUAAUGAAGCGUAGUCUCCUUCUCCAGUUCUUAACGCGGUCUACGGUAUUGACUGGGCGCUACAACUGGCUGGCUCAUCAAAAAUCUCCAGUCAUCCCCUGGUUGUUUCAACGGUCAGCGCGUCUCAAAGGAUUUUGGGCAGGCCAAAGGUCAAAACAGACACUAUAACUCCUGAGAUGUUGAAAGCGUUCGUGGAAUCUAAGAUAAAAGAUAAGUCUCCUUCUCUUUCUGAUCUUAGAUCUGUUGCGUUAUGCCUUAUUUGUUACGUUGGAUUUUUUUGCUUUAGCGAGUAAUGUCAUAUAAAAGCCUGCGAUGUUAAGUUUUUCCCAUCUUAUAUGUCCAUUUUCCUAGAAUCUUCGAAGUGUAACCAGUUCCGAGGACAGACUUGCCAAUUUGUCCAGUCAAGGCCUUAGAGGACUACAUCUCGGAAGGUCAAAUCAAUCUCUCCGAGGAUUUACCGCUGUUCAGAGCCCUUGUUUACUCCUCGGUCAAAAGAAAAAGUACGAAGCCAAGGGAUUAGCUAUACAAGAGCUAGGGAACUCAUUAAGGACGCCUUUAGAGAUAUAACGGACGUUUCCAAGAUUAGUGUUCAUAGCCUUAGGGUUGGAGGAGCCACCUCUGCAGCUAAUACGUACUGGUAUCGCUGAAAGACUUUUCAAGUGACAUGACCGUUGGGCGAGCAAGAACGCCAAGGAUGGCUACGUUAAGGACGAUUUUAAUUCUCUCCUGUCAGUCACGAAGUCAUUAGGAAUCUGAUUUAUACUUUUUUAUUAUUUAUUUAUUUUUGCUUCAUAAACCGUGCCCGGCAGGUCGGAAGGGUUCUAUCCACAGGGCCGGGGUUUUUCCUCAGCCUUUUCCGCAGCGAGCGCGGUGAGGGUUUUUCAUCCUGUGGAUGCUCGUUGAUUCCCUCCCAGGUUUACAUUUCCUUUUUGUUUUGUUUUAGGGGUUUUCUUUGUUUGCACCUUUGCAGUUGCUGAAUUAGCUUUCUCAGUAAACUCGUGCGCUCCAGUGAGCACGUGAUGGCAUAUGGUGUGUCGUUGUUGUUGUCACGCACGGGUAUGGUGCUCUGUAGGGAAUUUAGACCAGAGUCCGUAUUUGUAUCGACACGUUUUUGAAUUUUAUUUCCUUUUUAAGGGGUUUAAUUUUUCAUUAUAAGUGAAAUUUAUUCGAUUUGAUUGUCAGUCUUUGAAGUGGGCACGUUUUGGGAUCAUAGCUGACCUUGUUUGUUACCUACCUCAGAGUUUCUGUUUUGGUUUAAGGCAGAGUCUCGUGGCCUUAUUUGUCAAGCUUUCAUUGGUCGUCUUGUGCUUGACAUUAUUAACCUGGCUUAUAGGUUUGUUUAUUCCAGUUUGGUGAUCAACAGGAAAUUCGUUUAAGUUAUUAGGAAGUGCGUUCGUAAUUCUCAUGGUCAGCAAGCCAGAACGUACCUACAUUUAAGUUAUUUAAGUUUCCAACAUUUGGCGCACUUGGUUUUGCUGUAGUUAUGAACAGUUUGGGAGUUUAUAGUUAUGUGCAGUUGAGUUGCUGUUAAGUGGAAUAAUCAAGCGAGUUGCUUGAACACCCCUACAUAUUUCGGUAGUGAACCCUCCUAUUUUGCUGUGCAUGGUUUUGUGAAAAACAUGUCAGGAGUUUAAGAUCCGCCCAGGAAAUCUGUAAUCUGUAUUGCAAAAGAACAAGUUUUAGUCUGGUCAUAUGUAAAACAAAAUCAUAAUGACCCAACCUUGUAUUUAAGUAAUGUAUAGGGUUGUAGUUAAAUUUCCAUUAUUUUAUGGCGACGGGAGAGAAGAUGUGCGCGAGUUUAUUGAUAAUUAUUGUCGCGCCGGUAAGUUAAAUGGUUGGGAUGUACAGAAGUUAGCCCUUGGUCUUCUUCUGUUUCUCAAAAAACGUGCCAGUUUUUGGUUUGACACUUAAAAAGAGGCCGAAAAUGUGUCAUUUGAAAUGUUAUCGCCAAAAUUUAUUUUUCAUUUUGAAUCGAAUGUAAAUCGAUAGCAGUUAAGGCAAAAACUGGUUGAGCACCCUCAAUUGUUAGGAGAAACUGCUGCGGAUUAUUAUUUUGAUAUCGUCUCUCCGCUUUCCGCUAAAUUUACCCAAAAAGUAAAUGAGUGUAUUGUUUUAUACGAGGUCUAAGACCAGAAACUCGUGACCAUGUUACAUUGCUACUACCACCUUAUUUUGAGUGUCCUUUGAAUUUUGCAAAACUGAAAGAGUUGGUAUCUCUUAGCCGCAAAUCAAGUAGUGGUCAAGAAGAUAAGACUUUUGCAGAAUUACAGUCUAAGCCCUCAAAAGAGGAUAUCAAACAAAUUUUGAGGUAAAAUUUAAUGUGUGGUCUAAAAGUUCCAAAAAUAAUGGAAGUCAUCCUAUUAGUAGGAAAUUUUGAUCGUGCAAUUUUCGUGUCCGUUUGGGGGGGGAAGUAUUUUAUUGUAAAAAGUCAAAAUUGGGCAGAUUUAGAAACUUGAAACCCAACUUUAGACGUCUGUCUCGUUUAGUGAUGUUGUGUCUAAUCCAUGUGAGCCUAUUGUCUCGCCAAUGUUGAAACCUCAAGCUUCCGUCACAUGUCAACAUGGGUGUUCUACAGAUUGCCAGCCUCAAAACGUCUCUAGUGAACAUAUUUUUCUUGAAGUUGUUAAGUUUCUUUCUCAGCUCAUAACAAAAUUUUAUUGUGUAAUCGCUGGGUCAUUGCCAAAGGAAGGCAAAAAUGCUCAUUCCCCAGAUGCACCUAUGUUUUCUCAUAAAGGUCAAGUGAAUUGCGAGAAGUCUUUAAAUGAAAAUGUAUCUCAAGGAGUUAGUAAAACUGAAGAGACAAAAGGAAAAAAAUUGACACCUGAGUUGAAAAAUGAAAAUUUGGAAGUGAAUGACGUAGGGGAUAAAUUUAUUGUUUCUAAAUAGUGCCAUGACUUAUGUGACUCAAGUGGCCCUGAGGCAAGGUCCCAUGUGACUGACAUGUGUCUUCACCUGUCAGUUCCUGUAGACUCGAUUCUAUUCAUCCUUUCGACGGUGACAAUUUCAAUAUCUCUGUAUUAAUAGAAUUUGUUAAAUUUCAUGCUAUUAUUGACACAGGAGCAGCUGUGACAGCAGUUGAAACUAAAGUUUGGAACAAGUAUCUUAGUCAUACAGAUUGCUGUUUAGAUUCUCCUUCAACAAGUUGUUUAACGUCUGUAAGUGGCUCUCUAUUAGUCAUUCUUGGUAAAGUGUACCUGAAUUUUGUUAUUAAGUCUGUUGUUCUUCCUUUUUAAGCCUGUUAUCAAAGAAUUAACUCAUGAUGUUUCUUCAGGCAGAGAUUUCUUUCAGAAAUAUUGUUCCAGAAUUGAUUUUGUAGAGAACUUUGUUCCCUCCCCGAGGACCCUCUCCAAUUUCCUGAUGGUUUUGAUGUUCAUCAGAAUAGUGAAGUUAAUGUUAAUUGUCUUUCUUCUGUGCAUAGUGGUUACUCUUUUAGUAUUCCGGCCAAAUCUGAAGUAGUUGUUUUCGGUAAAUUAACUUCAAUGCCGAAAGGUAUAAGCAGUAAAACUAGUGACAUUCUUGGUUUGCUCAUUGCUAAGUAUGAUUUACCUCACCGUUAUUCAGUUUUUGGAGUGUCAGAGCUCGUAAAAGUUUCUAGUGAUGCUACUAUUUCUUUAAGAAUGGUAACUUUUUAAAGUCUUUCGUAAGGCUAAACUGGUACAUUUUCAGCAGAUUGGAAAUGACUUAGCAACACUUGAGAUUGACAAGAACUCUCCUUCUUCAGCUACUCAGCAUAGUUCCUCAGAUGAUCGGCCACAACCUAAAGAUUAUUCGGAUUUUCCUCAUUUGUCAGAUAGUAUUUUGAAUGAUGAUGAAAAACUGAAAUCCAAAAAUAUUUGGUAA